GACAAAAGUAGAGCGCAAAAAAAAGUGGUAUAGGCGUGUCGAACUCGUACCAAUACUCUUGUUGGGCGGAGCCCACUGUUGGCUCGUUGGCGGCAACAAGAAGAGGGAAGGAGAACGUUGCAGGGGUUUUAAAGCAGGAGCAGCUGCUGACUCAACUCCACACUCGAUGGACUCCAUACAAUACUCAUGCAAUCUAAUGAUGAAAAAGUUGCAGAGGAGGCGCACGCACGGGCCCCUGCCUCUCAAACACCAGGCAGCAUUCGAGACAUGGACCUUCUCCUUCUCCCUCUCCUUCUCCCCACCCUCCCUAACGAACAGAUCACAAUUUGGUGGUGCCGGUCUCUCUGUUCGUUGCGGUGCUCUGUGUGUGCAUUGUCCUUGGGCAUCUUCUCAGAGAGAGAGGAUGGGCAAACGAGUCCAUAACUGCUCUGAUCAUUGGAUGCAUCACUGGAACUGUGAUCUUGAUGCGGAGUAGAGGCAGCAAUCCCCACAUUCUGAGAUUUGACGAGGACCUUUUCUUUAUUUACCUUCUCCCUCCCAUUAUUUUUAAUGCUGGGUUUCAGAUAAAGAAGAAGCGAUUUUUUCAAAAUAUUGUGGCCAUAGUGCUCUUUGGAGUAGUGGGGGUUUUUAUUUCAUCUACUGUUAUCUCGGCUGGUAGCUGGUGGCUGUUUCCGAAGCUUGGUUUGUUGGGACUUAGGGUGCGAGACUAUCUUGCACUCGGGGCCAUCUUCUCCUCCACAGACACUGUCUGUUCUCUGCAGGUGUUGCCUGAAGAUGUAACUCCAAUAUUACAUAGCAUGAUAUUUGGCGAAGGUGUUGUUAAUGAUGCAACUGCCGUGGUUCUCUUCAGAUCUGUUCAAAAGAUUGCUGUCUCUCAUGUUGAUGGAAUCUCCGCUGUCCGUAUUGCCAAUGAUUUUCUGUAUCUUUUCUCUGCUAGUACAAUACUUGGAAUUUUUACUGGGUUACUAACUGCUUAUGCAAUGAAAGUUUUGUACUUCGGCAGGCACUCUACAGACCGUGAAAUUUCCCUCAUGGUUCUUAUGGCUUAUUUAUCAUAUGUUCUGUCGGAGUUUUUAGACCUCAGUGGAAUCCUUACAAUAUUUUUCUGUGGAAUCAUUAUGUCACACUAUGCAUGGCACAAUGUCUCAGAAAGCUCUGGAAUUACUACUAGGCAUGCAUUUGCUACAAUGUCAUUUGUGGCGCAGACAUUUAUAUUUCUUUAUGUCGGAAUGGAUGCCUUGGAUAUUGAGAAAUGGAAAAUGACAAAGUCAAGAGACUCUCUUAUUAGGGGACAGUUUGAAGCCAAAGUCUUUGGUGAAAAGGCCAUUUGCAUAUAUAUACUUCGCGCGCACGUUUUUGUAGGUGAAAAUUUUCAGGGAGAACUAUGGUGUAUGCUAUCUUGGGACAAACGAUAUAUCUUAAGGACUAAUAGCUCAAUGAUGGUUGGCAUGCAAGGCUUUUGGACAUCCAUCGGGAUUUAUUCCACAAUAAUAUCAUUGAUUUUACUUGGACGAGCUGCUUUUGUGUUUCCUCUCUCAGCAUUGUCAAACUAUCUGAUUGGAGAUCCAGAAAACCCAGUGCUCACAUUCAGAUGCCAGCUUGUGCUGUGGUUAUGUGGUCUAAUGAGAGGAGCUGUGUCAAUAGCUUUGACUUUCAAUCAGUUCACUCUUUCUGGUGUUACGCGGAACCCACUUCAUGCAACAAUGAUAACCAGCACCAUAAUUGUUGUACUCUUCACUACUGUGGUGUUUAGUUUUCUAGCGAAGUCAAUUAUAAGCUUUUUGGUACCAUGCUAUGUUCAGUUGAGUGAACCAUCAUCUCCAAAACCAGUAAACACCCCUAGAAGCAGCCUUACAUCUCUCUUGGAAAGGCGUGCAAAUGGUAUACACUUAUUUUGGAGGAGAUUUGAUAAUUCAUACAUGAGACCUGUAUUUGGUGGUCAAAUAUGAAAUUUAAUAUGCUUUAGAAAAGUGUUUAAGCUAUUUGAUUUUUUUGAAAGUGCUGGUGAACAAAUGAAUGGGUGUGGUUGAUUUGUGUUG